UCUUAUGCCAACAUCAGCUGCUCUCUGGCACGCUCCUCCUAUGACGUCUCCGUAUUACCGCACACCACUGCGCAGAGUGUUUUUUAGGUUAUAGAAACUAGCGCACUGACGUUUCUUUCACUAUUAAAACGAACCUGAAUUACAUGCAAGUUCGAUCGAGGUAAUUAAAGGAGCUUCUGUAUAUCAGGGAUACCGAUAUUGGAGAGCUUUAAUAAAAAGAAAUGUGUGCUUUUAAUUUGAAUAUGCGACGCCUGGUGGCAAGUUCGUGGAAUUUCCCAUACUUAAGGCUGUUUCAACAUGGGAGAAAAGAAUACAAUCGGAACAUUAUGCGUGACUCAAGAAAUUUAGUGCAGUUGGGAGGAGGACAAAGGAUGUUAAAAAGGAACGCAUCACAUGCAACCUCUAAUCAAACACAAAUAGCAUCCAAAAUUACUAUUAUGGGAAAAUUGAAGUUAGUUAUUCCCUUGGGAAUAGGUGUUUCUUUGAUUGCUUUUUUUCAAUGGAGGCAUCUUAGGAAAAAUAGACAUACAUCAGACGGUGAAGUCGUUCAAGGACCACUAAGUGAUUUUAUAGUAAAUUGCUACUGUUGCCUUCCGUUAAGGGUAACAAGUAGAAUAUGGGGUUGGAUAGCUAAUAGAGAAGUACCCAUUAGUUUAAGACCAGGUAUAUAUCAAUGUUAUGCAAAACUUUUUAACGCUGAUUUGGAAGAAGUAGCCGGCGAUUUGUCAGGAUUUCCAACUUUGGUAGACUUUUUUGUAAGACCGCUCAAAGAGGAAGCAAGACCUAUUGCUAAGAAUUCAAAUAUGGUUUCCCCAUCAGAUGGUACAGUGCUCCAUUUUGGACCAGUAACAUCUUGCAGAGUGGAACAAGUCAAAGGAAUGACAUACGAUCUUAGGCAUUUUUUAGGAGAUGUUGAUCUUAAAAGGUCUAAAGAAAAAGUAACAUAUACGGAAGAGGACAAUAAAAAAUAUGUGAAGAGUCUUUUAAAAAAUCCAGAUAACCAGUUGUACCAAGUAACAGUUUACUUAGCACCAGGCGAUUAUCAUCGUUUUCAUAGUCCAACCGAUUGGGAAAUUAAAUCUCGAAAACACUUUCAAGGUAAAUUAUUGAGCGUCAAUCCAAAGAUAGCUAGCUUUUUACCAGAUUUAUUUUCGCUCAACGAACGCGUGGUAUACAUCGGUAAAUGGGCGGAAGGUUUUAUGGCUUAUGCAGCAGUAGGAGCGACCAAUGUUGGUUCUAUUAAAAUCUAUUGCGAUAAGGAAUUAACUACAAACAAACUUAUUUGGCCGAAAAUGAAACGUUGGAAAGAUGCUAGUUUAGAUUGUACUCAUAUAUCCAAGGGACAAUUAUUUGGCGAAUUCAGAAUGGGAUCUACAAUCGUACUUUUAUUCGAAGCACCAAAAGACUUUCAAUUUUGUCUUAAUAUUGGACAAACCAUAAAAGUUGGUCAAGCGUUAUCCCAUUGCGUUGUUCAAUUGGAUGAAAAAUAUGUAUCCAAAAGUUUAUGAUCAUUUAUUACAAAUAUUUUUUCUCUUUAGAUAAAAUCUAUACAAGACUCGAUGUAUACAAUAAUAUUAAUAAUAAUAUAUAUUACGUGUAAUUCAUGUAAUUGUAAAAUGUAAAGAUUUAUAUAUAUUAUAUAUAUAUUAGAUAUAUAACUGUAGUAAUACAUUUUUAAUGCGUACUGAGAGAAGAAAAAAACUAUUUGUGAAUUAUUUACAGAUUGUUUCCUAUGUCUACUGUGAUACAAUCAUAUAUAGGAAUUAUGUUUCAUAUCCAAAAUAUAUUCAUUAAAAUU